GCCGCCGCCGGGGCCGCCGCCCUGGAGCUGGCCCUGGAGGAGGAGCUGGCGCUGCUGGCCGCCGCCGGGGAACCGCCGGAACCGCCGCCCGCCGCCGCCGCCCGCGACCCCGAGCUGCUGUCGCUGAUCCGGCAGAAGGAGAAGGACCUGGUGCUGGCGGCGCGGCUGGGCAAGGCGCUGCUCGAGCGCAACCAGGACAUGAGCCGCCAGUACGAGAGGAUGCACAAGGAGCUCACCGACAAGCUGGAGCACCUGGAACAAGAGAAGCACGAGCUGCGGAGGCGGUUUGAGAACAAGGAAGGAGAAUGGGAAGGAAGGGUGUCUGAACUGGAAAGCGAUGUGAAGCAGCUGCAGGAUGAGCUGGAGAGGCAGCAGGUUCACCUGCGGGAAGCCGACCGUGAGAAGACACGGGCUGUCCAGGAACUCUCUGAACAGAACCAAAGACUCCUGGACCAGCUCAGCAGGGCAUCCGAGGUGGAGCGGCAGCUCUCCCUGCAGGUCCACACUCUCCGGGAGGACUUUCGGGAGAAGAACUCCUCCAGCAGUCAACACAUCGUGCGGCUCGAGAGCCUCCAGGCUGAGCAGGUCCUUGAAAUCAAAAUGCUGACGGACAGAAAGCGAGAGCUGGAGCAUCGCCUUAGUGCCAUGAUGGAGGAGAACGACCUGCUUCAGGGAACGGUGGAGGAGCUGCAGGACCGAGUCCUCAUCUUGGAGAGACAAAGCCAUGACAAGGACCUGCAGCUGCACCAAAGCCAGAUGGAGCUCCAGGAGGUGCGGCUGUCCUACCGGCAGCUGCAGGGGAAGGUAGAAGAGCUCAGCGAGGAGAGAAGUCUCCAAAAUUUCAACACAACCAGCACGUCCCUGCUGUCUGAGAUAGAGCAGAGCAUGGAGGCAGAGGAGCUGGAACAAGAACGAGAACAGCUGAGGCUGCAGCUCUGGGAGGCAUAUUGCCAAGUGCGGUAUCUCUGCUCCCAUCUCAGAGGAAAUGACAGCGCAGACUCCGCCGUUUCCACGGACUCCUCCAUGGAUGAGUCUUCAGAAACCUCAUCAGCCAAAGAUGUCCCGGCCGGCAGCCUACGGGCAGCUCUCAGCGAGCUGAAAAGACUGAUACAAAACGUGCUGGAUGGGGCAGACUCCACGAGCUCUCGGCGGAGCGACGAUGACUCCUUAGAGGAACAGAUCAGGAGAACAAGUGAGGACUCGAGAGCCCUGAGGGAGUUAAUGGAGGGAGAACGGGGGAAACUGAGGCAAAGUCUGGAGGAGCUGCAGAGGCUGCACAGCCAGGUCACACUGCUGAGCGUGGAGAUGACGACGCUGAAGGAGGAGCGGGACCGGCUGAGGGGAGCUGCAGAAGACAAGGAGACGAGCGAACGGCUCCUGCAGGCCAUCCGGGAUCGGGACGAGGCCAUCGCCAAGAAGAACGCUGUGGAGGUGGAGCUGGCCAAGUGCAAGAUCGACAUGAUGUCCCUCAACAGCCAGUUGCUGGAUGCCAUCCAGCAGAAGGUGAACCUCUCGCAGCAGCUGGAGGCCUGGCAGGAUGACAUGCACAGGGUCAUUGACCAGCAGCUGAUGGACAAACACCCGAAGGAAUGGAGCCAGCUUGCUUAUUCCUUCUCCAGUGGCUACGUCGCAAAGCAGAGUGCCAGACCCUCCCCUGUGCUCCGGCCAGAGCCGCAGGGGGAUGAGCCCAGUGGGGCAGAAGGGCACCGUCUCUUUUCCUUUUUCAAGAAAAAUUAA